AUGGAUUUAGCGUAUUCUGGGAGUGAAGAAGAAAGCGAGUACAUCUGUCAAAGUGCACUGAACAGCGAUAAUGUGUACGUGUAUAUGGCCCCUCAAGGACCUAUGAGUCCCGAAAAUCAGCACCAAACGAGAGCUGUCAGCUACUUGGAAAUUAUAGCCGAAAAACGAGAACACGUUUACGAGUACAUUGAGUAUGGCACUGCAAAACCAAAGGAAAAGUUUGAACUUAACAAAUACAGCAAAGUGAUCAAACGCACACUGCUCUCCAUAUGUGUACUUUUGGGCAUUGUUGCCCUACUUGUCCUGGUGGUUUUUCUCUUUCGGUUAAUGGAUCGGUGGCAACGUGAAAAAACGAUGGAAGGCAGCCGUGAGGAGGCAAACAAAGAAGAAAUCCAAAAUGAGAUUAUCUUCAGGCUAAACAUCACUCGCCCCAUAGACCGAGCCAGUUUUGUGCGAAAUAUGACGAGGGAGGCGUGGAACGCCUACGUUCAGCAUGCUUGGGGAAGUGGGGCAUUGAAACCUUUGACAAAGGAGGCAGAUGACUCGACGACAGUGGGCGAAACAAUAGUAUCCUCAAUGAGCACACUUUGGGUGAUGGAGAUGUACGAGGAGUUUGACCGAGGCAAGCAGUGGGUAGAGAGUGAACUGCAUCGACUGACAAAUACAACCGCUGACGUGUUAGUCUACAUCAUCAUCGUCAACUACCUCGGAGGACUGCUCUCCUGUUUUGCACUCACCGGCGAUGAAGUUUUCCUUAACAAGUCUUUUGAGAUCACUGACAUGAUCCUUCCUGCAUUAAACUAUUCGGUGGGAAAUGGUAAGUGA